AUGAGUGUUCGCCUCGCGUCUCCCUCGCCGGCCCGCUGCGAGUCGCGGUCAUCAUUUUGUAGCAAAAUCUAUACUAUUUUUUCCUGUACUUCAGGUUGUCCGAUGCACAUGAAGAUGCCUGAUCGUAGAACUGAGAACACAGAUGAUGUUCCUGCACAUCAGGAAAGGGCGUAUGAAUUUGUAGCAUGUCCGGUGAAGUCUGGUGCAUCUCAAGUGAAAGACGACAUAGAUCCUAGCAACAUGAUGCCUCCUCCUAAUCAGCAGCCAUCCCCAGAUCAACCAUUUCCAUUGUCAACUGUUAGAGAAGAAUCUUCCAUUCCUAGAGCACAUUCUGAGAAGAAAUGGGUCUACCCUUCAGAGCAAAUGUUCUGGAACGCUAUGCUAAGAAAAGGGUGGAGGUGGAAAGAUGAUGACAUAACAAGUGAAGACAUGACCAACAUCAUUAAGAUUCACAACCAAAAUAACGAGCAAGCUUGGAAGGAGAUUUUGAAGUGGGAAGCUCUUCAUGCUGUGGAAUGUCCGUGUGGACCAUCACUGAUGCGGUUUGGAGGCAAAGCAAAGGAGUAUUCACCAAGAGCGAGAAUACGUUCGUGGAUGGGAUAUGAACUUCCCUUUGACAGACAUGAUUGGAUUGUUGACCGAUGUGGAAAAGAAGUGCGAUAUGUAAUUGAUUACUAUGAUGGUGGGGCAGUAGAUAAGAACUACCAGUUCACUAUCCUGGAUGUUCGCCCUGCAUUUGACUCUCUCUCGGCUGUGUGGGACAGAAUGAAGGUAGCUUGGUGGCGGUGGACUUCAUAGCUACUCCUGUGGUGUGUAUUCGAGAAGUAAAUCACUUUCCUCCUAGACUAAGGAUAAGUGAAUACUAGGACUUGAAAUAGAAGUUGACUGCAACGCUCAUUAUUUUCAUCAUCACCACUGUUCUUUGGGGGUUGGAAGGAAGAAUGGGGACAUCCAUUGUGAAGUACACCAAUGCUUUAUGGUGUUUUGAAUUAAAUAAUAAAGUUACAGUACAAAAA